CCGAGCGUCAUUUUUCCCGGCGGCUACCCGCCCUGACCUCCCUCCGACCCCGCACAGCGCGGGACCCCACCCACUCGGGGUCCCCGAGGCAGGAGUUGCAGCUCGAUCUCGGCGACCGUCUCCACUCCCAGCUGCCGCGCCAGCCCGGCUCGGACGCCGACCCAGCCUAGCUCCCAGGACACAGGCUGGGAGGCCAGGCGAGCGCACGCGGCCAUCCACCCAGUGCCGGGCUCGGAGGGAGGCCGGCCCCUGGCGUGAAUCCCGGGCUCAAGCGUGAGGAAGCGUCGUAGGGCUGUGCGGACUCAGCCUGCCGGCGCGGCGGCCACAAAAAGGGAAGCGCCCGCAGGGGACCUACUGCCCAGUUACAGCGUGAGAGGACCCAGGCUUCUGGCACCGCCAGGGUCCGGACGCCUGCGGGUGGGGCUGGGAUGGGCUCUCAAAUGUCAUUGGCCGAGGGGCGCGCCGUGCCGGCCGCUGCACGCUUCCAUUGGUUGGCGAGACAGGAGGCGGUCCUCCUCCAGCACUGUCUACACUAGCUGAGAGCACCGAGCGCAGCGGCUGAACCUGACCUCGCUGGCCAGCGGCACCAUGAGCCGAAGCUUGGAUGCGGCACGGAGCUUCGUGGAGCAGCUGGAGGCGCGGGGCGGACAGGAGGGGGCGAUCCUUGCCGGCGAGUUCAGCGUGAGUGGGCGAGUGUAGACGGCGGCGCAGUGCGCUCUGGCUCCUCGCCCUGGCCUGUCCGGACGUCUGUCCUGUGCGCCCUGCUGCGCUUGCCUCUCUCUUGGAGUCUAGCGGCAUCUCCUCGCCUCGAGGUCUAUUUUUCUCUCCCCCGCACCUCUCUCUGUUGCGCUCUCUCCCUGUCUUCACUGUCUGCCCGCAGAGCCCCAGAGGGCGAAGUCCAGGGCCGGGCUGGGCGGGGCUGCACACACCCUCGGGUCCCCGUGCCCUCGUCGCGCUCAGGACAAUCCCGCUGCUGGGCGCCGCGGGGGAGGGCGGACGCCGCAGGCGGGGGCGGGCGCGCCCCUGCGCUCCGGGCGACCCGGCGGUCACCGCUGAGGUCUUGGGGAGGAAGGGGCUGGGAGAAGAGGAACCAGCCGAGGGGUGUGGACACCGGCCUCUCGUCGGCUUUGUGGCUCGGAACAGAUUACCCAGCCCCUCUGGCCUCGGUUUCUUUUUGAGUCUAAAGUGGCCUAAGGAUUAAAUAACUGAGGACAUUCGGGCCCGCUCAGCCGCCUGGAAGACUGACAGUGUGUGCUCCACCGAGGCUGGCAGUCGGCCCGGGAACGUGAGAAAGAACCGCUACAAGGAUGUGCUGCCAUGAGGAGGGACACGGCGACUACAUCAAUGGCAACUUCAUCCGGGGCACAGAUGGAAGCCCGGCCUACAUCGCCACACAAGGACCCCUGCCUCACACCUUGCUAGACUUCUGGCGCAUGGUCUGGGAGUUCGGAGUCAAGGUGAUCUUGAUGGCAUGUCGAGAGACGGAAAAUGGGCGGAAAAAGUGUGAGCGCUACUGGGCCCAAGAACAGGAGCCAUUGCAGAUUGGGCUUUUUUGCAUCACCCUGACCAGGGAGACACGGCUGAAUGCAGACACCAUGCUCAGGACCCUCCAAGUCACUUUCCAGAAGGAAUCCCGUCCUGUGUACCAGCUGCAGUAUAUGUCCUGGCCAGACAAAGGGGUCCCUGGCAAUCCUGACCACGUGCUCGCCAUGGUGGAGGCAGCUCGUCGCCUCCAGGGCUCUGGUCUCAGCCCCCUCUGUGUCCACUGCAGCGCGGGCUGUGGGCGAACAGGCGUCCUGUGCACAGUGGAUUAUGUGAGGCAGCUGCUCCUGACCCAGAUGAUUCCACCUAACUUCAGCCUCUUCGACGUUGUUCUUGAGAUGCGGAAGCAGCGGCCUGCGGCUGUACAGACAGAGGAGCAGUACAAGUUCCUGUACCACACGGUGGCUCAGAUGUUCUUCUCAGCACUGCGGAACUCUAGCCCCCAUUACCAGAACCUAAAGGAGAAUCGUGCCCCACUCUUCGAUGAUGCCCUCUCCCUCCGGACUUCCCAGACCCUUCCUGCCACACCCCGCCUACCUGGGGGGGUCCUCAGGAGCAUCUCGGUACCCGGGCCCCCGGCCCUCGCCAUGGCCGACACGUACGCGGUGGUGCAGAAGCGCGGGGCGCUGGCGGGCCCCGGGCCGGGGUCGGGGGCGCGCGGCACGGAGGAGGCGCCGCUCUACAGCCAGGUGGCGCCGCGCGCCCGGCGGCCCCAGGCGCCCGCCGAGGACGCGCAGGGGGCGCCGCCGGGCCGCGCUCCUGCUGACCGAAGCGCUGCUGCGCCUGGCGCCUACGAGGACGUGGCGGAUGGAGCUCAGACCGGUGGGCUAGGCUUCAACCUACGCAUUGGAAGGCCUAAAGGACCCCGGGACCCCCCUGUGGAGUGGACCCGGGUGUGAGUGCUGCGCCCCCGCCUGCCUGUUGCUCCCCAUGGGCACUUGGACAGCUGACGGCCAUGCUCUGCUGCGUGGAAAUGCUGGACCUGGAUCAAAAUAAAAGUUUCUCAGAGUGGGAAA